GGAGAGGGAGCGGAGGAGAGAAGGAGAAGAAAAGAGAGAGAGAGAGAGAGAGAGAGGGAUCGAGGAGAGAAAGAGAGAGAGGGAGCGGGAGGGAUGGGUGGACACUCGGCUACCGUGCCCGUUGUCUGCUUCACAAUCCUGUGGGCGCUGGUAGGAUGUGUCCUGCCGUGGUUUGUGCCCAAGGGCCCGAACAGAGGGGUGACAAUCACCAUGAUCGUGACUACAGCAGUCUGUUGUUACCUCUUCUGGCUCAUCGCCAUCAUGUCUCAGAUGAACCCCCUCUUUGGACCCCAGCUCAAGAACGACACCAUCUGGUAUCUCCGCUACUUCUGGGAAUGAGAUGCUGCCUGACAGAAAUUCCUGCUGUCGCCCCACCCUCUCCAACCCGAUGGCUCUUCGUUGCAAGAUCCUCCCUGCUGAGGUCUCUCCCGUAAACUUACAGAUAUUCUUUCUAUUCCCAAGGAUGAAAGUGGGUGAUUGUGGCCCAAUGAAUCGAGGGGGUUGAAAGUUUUGCUUUGAGGAGACUUUACUUCAACAGCAUGCAAUGGAAAUCCUAUUUAUGUUUGGUUUAAUUGAAAGAUCUCGCCUCUAUCCAGUUAAGAAAACCUUCCUUCACAAAAAAAGCUUGGUUGUCUCGUGUGCAGUGAUAUUAACGUUGUACUAAAUCAUGUGUUUAAUUCUGUAAAAGAUUAUAUAUUUUGUCAAAUAUUGUGUACAUUAGAAGUGAGAAGCUAGCUAUUCACUACUGUAAUUGGGUUGACCAGUGCAAUAAACCAGAGUAUAUCCCAA